AUGGGGGCAGUACUUCUGCCAGUUGUUUGGUGACCUGAAAAAGCUAUGAACGCUCAACAGUCCCAUGCUGGGCCGAGUUUGGAGUUUAGGGAAACAGAGAGAAGAUCAAGCUCUUAUCAGAAAAUUUUCAUGUGUUUAGUAUGUUGCAUAGGAGUUUAGCCAAGAAAUGGAACAUUUGGAGCUCGGUUGGUAGCAUGAAGAAUGACAUGAGCCUUAAAAGUUUACCUACCUUCCCCUCCCCCAACGGGGAAGAAAUCUUUAUUCAAUCAUCUCGGAUUCAAUCCUUCAAAGGUUGGUCUCAUAGAUGAGAAAAUGAAGUAGAAAAAUGGAAUUUUAGGAAGAUAUCAAGUCAGAAGAGAAAAGGAAAAAGAGUUAUGGAAGGAAAUGGAGAGGCGAAAGAUUAAAAACAAUGUGAAGUUUAAGUGUAAAACUUCUUUACAGUAGUAUUACCAAUAUUUUCGACAAUUCAUAGUGUGAAAUCCCCAUUUCCUAUAUCAUAGUCUUUAGGAAGGGUACUUUGUUUAACUAACCCGUCAUUGUAAAGCCUUCCCGAGCUCAAUACGGCGUCGUAAUGGUGGACGCUGGCAUCCAUCCUGAAGAGUGAAGAUAACACGUAUUCGAAUCGCGCCACGGCAUUUCAAAUUUUGGAGCCCAAAUCCUCCGGCAACGACGUCGUUCUGAGAACCUCAAGCAGCAAAAGAUUCCUGUUACCGCUAGUACUGCAUUUGCAAUUGCAGCGGUUGAACGACUUUGAGAGUCGCCCCCAAUGAACAUGAAACAAACCUGUUUAAGCUUCGGUAGCAACCCGAUCCGCGACGCCAUCUCCAGGAUCCGAUUCGCCCCGCAUUCCAACCAUCUCCUCAUUUCUUCUUGGGACUCCAGUCUUAGGUUGUAUGAUGUGGAUGCAUGUAAACUAAGACUUGAAGCUUCCGAUGAAUAUCCACUUCUCGAUUGUUGUUUCGCCGACGAUUCGCUUGCUUUUUCUGCUGCAACAGAUGGGUUGCUCCGCAGGUAUGAUCUGAAUUCCGGAGAUGUAGAUCGAAUUGGAAAUCAUGAUGAAGCUACUUGUGUCGAGUAUUCAAACGAAACAAGUCUUGCAAUCACUGCUGGUUGGGACAAAAAGAUAAAGUUUUGGGACACGCGAUUAGUCAAGUCUCUUCAAUGCUUGGAGAAUCUUGGUGGAGAAGUAGAGUCCAUGUCCCUCUCGGAAUUUCAUUUGAUGAUUGCUGUUGGGACAUCGGUAAGCACAUACGACCUGCGUAAGCUUAGCAAGUUAGAUCAAGCCAAAGAAUCAUUUAUGGACGUUCAAAUAAAAUGUGUCCGUCCUGGUUUUGAAGGCUUUGCAGUUGGGUCAUUUGAUGGACGGGUUGCUUUGGAGUAUGUCAACGAUAGCAACUCAAAGAGUGGCAGAUAUGCUUUCCGAUGCCAUCCGAAGAAAAAGGAUGGAAGGCAUCAUAUUGUCCCUGUGAAUGAUAUUGCAUUUAAUCCAUGCCUGCCCACUAUUUUUGUCACUGGUGAUAAUGAAGGUUACGCUUCAACAUGGGAUGCUCAGAGUAAGAAAAGACUAUAUGAGUUGCCGAGAUUUCCCAACGCUGUUGCCUCACUUUCUUAUAGCUAUGAUGGACUACUUUUAGCAGUUGCAUCGAGUUACACAUACCAAGAAGCUAAUGAAAGAGAGGAGCUACCUCAGAUAUUCUUGCAUGAAAUCAAUGACCUCAACAUUUCAUCCCUUUCUGCUGGGAGUUCAAAAUAGGAGCAACUGCAAAAGAGUAUGAAGUUUUUACGCCAUCUAGCGGACCAUCGAUCCAAUACUUUGCCUUGCUUCUCUGUGGAACUUUUUGAAUCACGUUUUUGAGUGAUUCGGAAACAAUUCCACGAAUGUCUUUCUGCUGAAGCCUGCAACAGAGUGAAGCCCUCCAACCGGACGAGUGGGAUGAGAUUUGUGCCUUCCUUCCGUCUUUAGCACUGACAUUUGCUUACUAGUGCACUAUGCAACUCUGGUUGUUUGGAAACUUAAAACCGAAUGGCAUUAGUCCUUGUCCUUGGAAGGAAGCUCCCGUUUCGCAAAAACCGUGGAGCUAGUGCAUUGACGCUGGAUGUGGUCCGCGAGCGUUUUAAUGCUCGACUACUAACUGCAGAGCUGGUGGUUACUUUGACCUUUUAGAAUUUGCUUGUACUAAUUUACGCUUUUGUCUUCAACUAUUAAACUCUCUAUUUUACCAUAUUUUUUACAGUUAUUUGUGAUGUUAACGUUAUUGAACUGUUGAAUGAAGACAUAGUCGAAUCGAAUAGGAAUUUUGAGAAGAAACCUGGUUUUGUGGCAAUUGACGAAAUGA